CAGACGAGUAACGUUACUAAGUAAAGGUGCUUGUGAUAACAUUUUACUGCAAUUGCAGCGCAAACAAAAUGAAUUUUUAUUAUUUCAACUUGCUUAUCAUGUUGGCUGCCGUUAUUUUCGUCGGAUUAAAAGAAAUCGAAGCUGCGCAAAAGACACGACAUCCGUGUCGACUCGACUGCACUAGUUAUUGUCACACAAAAGGCAAGCCCUUCGGAAAAUGCUGCCGAGGGAAAUGCUAUUGUUGAUCUUCGGAGCACCAUCAUCAAACUUACUUUGGAAUGGAAUAAACAAAUAGAACUCUGUUACUGACUUUACAAUAUACUUUAAGGAGCCGAAUAGGUACGCCGUAACCUAAAGAGUUUGGUAAACGUAAACUGUACAAAUUCCGUGGAUAUAUUUUUGGGGCGUGACGUUAAUAAAAUGAUUUUCUGUAUUAGGUACUUCAUAUCUUCGUCAAAACUUAAAUCGAUUUCGACAAUUAUUUUUUAAUCUAUUUCAAUAUUUAUUUUUAAUUAAUUUCGACAAUUAUUACUACUUUAUCGAUUACGAUAUUUCGUCUUUCAUCUAAAACUACUGCCUAAUUGGUCCUGUUGGACGGUGAAAUUCUGGUGCAAUUGUAUGUUCGCGGAUGCUAGACAAACUCAGGCAGAAGGAUUUACAAUUUACCGUAUUACAAACCUUCACGAUUUAAAAAUAAUAUUGCUAUAAGAGAUUUUCCCCAGGUCCCCAGGUGUCCUGCUUUGGAAAAGGCAUGUCUUUCUGUCGCCGUCCCUAAGAAUUGAUGUGGAUAGUGAGAUCUUUGAAGAUUACUAUAUUCCAUACGGGACAAAUCACUUGCAAUCAAUGCUUAGUGUUAAUUUUAUAAAAAACUUCAGCAUCUUUAAAAAUUGGAAAUUAACAAUCACCACUUGCAAUCUUCACUUAAUGUUAAUCUUAUAAAAAAUCUUCAGCAUCUCUUAAAAUUGGAAUUUCAACAAUCUCAAGCUUACUUAGAGUAACAAAGUAAAAACAUUACCUAGGAAUUCACGUUAUGCUGCAUUAUCUAAUCAACUUAUUCACGUGUAUUAAUAUUUGAAAUUAUUGUACUGACACUAUUUCAUCGUCAUCAUGAUGAUGAUGAAAUUAAGCAAUAGAGAUUCACUGUUGGAUAUUUGUCUCUCCUUCUCCGUUAUUGGCGUCCACGACAACGUCCAUCAGUUCUCCAAACUAUAUGCCCCACCCAUUGCCACUAUAGCUUUGCAAAUACUUGAAAUAUGUCGGUAUCUCUUGUUCUUCUACAGAUUCAUCUUAAUUAUUGAUUCUCAUUACUAAUUUGAUCACCUAGAGAUACUCCGCGCAUAGCGCUCUCCAUCGCCCGCUGGGUGACUCUGAGUAUUCUUAUGAGACCCACAGUCGGUGACCAUGUUUCGGAGUCAUAAGUUAUCAUUGGCAAAUUUGCACUGUUCGAAGACUUUGGUCGUUGGAAUUACAUGAACAUAUUUGAAAUAGUUUCAUAAAUAUCUACUUGUACAAAUAUGUGUCAAGUGAGCCACUCGGACGUACAGGUCGCUGAUUCAGACGUCUUAUCUAUGAGAACAUCCCCGAGCCAGUGGUUUUACAGCCGCUAUUCAGUUUACGCAAACUCUCUUUCUUUAUAAAGCGAAUCUUACUUUUGAUAAGGCAUUCGUGGGAGUUCCUUCAGCAUGUCCGGAAAUAUUUUAUUGCUUACUUUAUUAACAGUUCCGAUUACAAAGCUGAUUGUUUGGUGUAAAGAUGACCCGCAGAUUAGUGAAAUUUUUUCCCCAUCGAACGAGACAUCUUUUACGGCCUAUACGAAAGGCGUCGAUCUGGGCAUAAUCAAUAUUGACAAAUACCCACUGGAAGCGUUCCAGAGGGACGAAAAAAACAUUUUUCGCAACCUCUACGCAGAAUAUAUCUCUAUGAACGAAACACUGCCGAUAAACUACGAGGAAUGGCUCAUAAUGAACAACUUUGGUAUACUACCCGAUACCCAGGAAUCUCUGUAUCAGAGGAAAAUAAACAAGCGUAGUGUUGCAGAAAACAAGCGACGUUUUAUCAAUACUGUGAGAAAAGGGGAUAUUCUUAUAACGGGACGUGGUAUAGGCGGGUUGGUAGGUCACGCUGCGAUUAUGACCACAAAUAACUGGGUGCUCGAAAUGAGGGGUGGUGCCGGCUGGCAAAACGGGAUAAAGGAUAACAAUAGACAGGUCAAAAAGGACAAGUGGUUCGACGAUCACAGCUCUGAUUGGACCACCGUGUAUCGAUGCAAAGAUGGCAGCGCAGCAAAUGGUGCCGCUGUAUGGGCUGAUCACACAUACUACAACCCAAGCGGUGGUUUGAAGAAAACUAAGCACAUUACCUAUAUAAUAACUUCAGACGUAUGGUCCACGAAUCCGAGCUACUGUUCCAAGCUUGUGAUACAGGCGUACUAUUUUGGUACGGGAAAAAAGAAGGUUGUAAAAAACCUAUCUCUGAUUGAUCGAGUUAUUGUACCCACUUCUAUUCCGAACUACUUCCUCAGUCCAUACACGCUGGUGAACAAAGGAAAAUACUGAAGUUCCAGAAUAUGUAUACUUACUGCAGAUUCACAAUAUAUUUAUAAUAAUAUAGUAUUCGUAAGAGAACCUAUUAGUCUAUAUAAAAAACACCUACCUA